AUGGAGAGUCUGUUUAAAACCGGUCUCUAUAUCAACGACCUGAGUAUGCAUGAGUCCAGUAGAGACCUGGUACUGGCAGAAACCCAGCAGUCAGAGCAACUGCAGAGAGCUCUCAUACAGGUAUGUACCAUAUGAUGCUGUAGAUACUGUAUGGAUAUAUUCCAAAUGGCACCCUAUUUCCUAUAUAGUGCACUACUAUGGGUCCUGGUCAAAAGAAGUGCGCUAUAAAGGGAAUAGGGUGCAAACUAGUGGCACAGCGGUCUAAGGCGUUCCAAGGUACUGCAUCUCAGUGCUAGAGGCGUCACUGGUUAGAUUCCAGGCUGUAUCACAAUCCGGCCGUGAUUGGGCGUCCCAUAUGGCGGCGCACAAUUGUCCCAGCGUCAUCCGGGGUAGGCAGUCAUUGUAAAUAAGAAUUUGUUCUUAACUGACUUGCCUAGUUAAAUAAAGGUCUAUGGUCAGGUUGACUCAGUGCUGUUACUCCUCUAUGUCGCCCCCCUGUGGUGAGUGGGGGAAUAGAAUAAGUCCAGUAAAGUGGAGGACAGUAUGAAGAUGCUGGACUAUGAAAAAGACAGAUGAUCUGCUAUACAGGAUGAUCCCUAAACCCGUGGCCAAGAGAUUACGCAAGGAAGAGCCUGCUGUCAACACCUUUGAGGUCAGGACUAACUGAGUGUGUGUGUGAUCCACCAGCUCUGACUCUUCUCUAUGUCCAAUCUACAGGACAUUAGUAACAUGACUUGAUAACUCUGUCCAGUGUAUUUUGGCCUGUCUUCCUGUCCCACCUGUCUUCCUCUCUCACCUGUCUUCCUGUCCCAGCUGUCUUCCUGUCCCACCUGUCUUCCUGUCCCACCUGUCUCCCUGUCCCACCUGUCUUCCUGUCCCACCUGUCUUCCUCUCCCGUCUGUCUUCCUGUCCCACCUGUCUCCCUGUCCCACCUGUCUCCCUGUCCUGUCCUGCCUGCCUGUCUUCCUGUGUCACCUCGAAGUGUUUCCUGAUGUGACCAUCCUGUUCAGUGAUGUGGUGGGCUUGACUCGUAUCUGCAGCCAAUUCACGGCCAUGCAGGUGGUCUCCAUGCUCAACACCAUGUAUACUCAGCGAGAAGCAAGGUGUGUGUGUGUGUGUGAGAGAGAGAGAGAGAGAGAGAGAGAGAGAGAGACGAUGUCUCCCGGGCUGAGACCAUCAGUGUGCGUUUGAUUGUAUGGUGUGUGUAUUAUAUGUGUAACUUGUGUGUGUGUAAUAGGUUAACCCCUGGCUCUCCUCCUAGGUUGAGACCAUAGGUGAUGCGUACAUGUUGGUGGCAGGGGCUCCAGAGAAGACCACACCCACAACAUCUGUGACAUGGCCCUGGACAUGGUGCGCUCCAUAGACCACCUCAAAGACGCCUCCAACGGCAACAACAUACUGAUCAGAGUGGGUAAGUGGAGAGGGGAUGGUGUGUGUGUGUGUGUGUGUGUGUGAGACCUGUGUGUUUCAGGGAUCCACUCUAGCAUGGUGAUGGCUGGGGUAUUGGGUCAUAAAAGGCCACGCUACAGUCUCCAUGGUGACACAGUCCACACUGCAUGAGAGAGAGAGAGAGAGAGAGAGAGAGAGAGAGAGAGAGAGAGAGAGAGAGAGAGAGAGAGAGAUAGAGAGAGCGAGAGAGAAGAAAACUAGUAGCCGAUCUGAGAUCUCUAUAAUCUCUCUCUCUCGCUCUCCUCUCUCUCUCUCUCUCUCCUCCUCUCUCUCCUCUGCUCUUCUCUCUCUUUGCGCUCUCUCUCCGCUCUCCUCUCACCUCUCUCUCUCUACCUAACCCAUCAUUACUGAAAUUUCUGCUUUUAUUUCCAAAUCACUGCCAUCAAAACAUUAUUAUAUUCUGUAAUCAGAUGUUUUUAUAACAUGAUACUCCCUGCUGUUGCACCAAUUUGUUGCAAAGUCUUCUGGGAGAAUCUGAGAACGAGAGACCAACUAUAUAAUUAUGUGAACUAUUUUUAUCAACAUCACCCUAAACUGUUAUUCACAAACCAUAGCUUGGUGUUGGGGCUCUAACUACCAUCACUGGGUCUGUCUUUGAGUCUGUGCAUUAAAUUAAAUACUAAAGUCAAUGACUGCUUAAUGUUUGUGAGCCAGCUAGUCGAUCAUCAGGAGGCAGCAGUGACUCACCUUCUCACCAAAGUGUCACGGGUGUUGCAAUGGUGUGGUGGGGAAUCAGGCGCAGAAGCAGAUGCACAGUCCAACAAGACUUUACUUGAUCAAAGUAAUCCAAACGGCGGCCUGAGGCCAAACAGACGCACACAGGCGUCACACACUAGCGCACAAACACAGAGUGCAAUACUCUCCUCAACCGAGGAGGAAACAAAUAGAACUGGCGUACCGAAAACACAGGUUACGCACAAACACCUGACACGAAACAAUCAUACACAACACUAGACAAACACAACGAGAAACUUAUAGGACACUAAUUACGUAAAACAGAAACAGGUGUGGAAACAAACAGACAAAAGCAAACGAACAUGAAACAUCUAUCGGUGGCAGCUAGAAUUCCGGAGACGAUGAACGCCGAAGCCUGCCCGAACAAGGGAGAGAGGCAGCCUCGGCCGAAACCGUGACAGUACCCCCCCCUUGACGCGCGGCUCCAGACGUGCGCCGACUCCGGCCUCGGGGACGACCAGGGGGACGCGGCGCAGGGUGCGCAGGGUGCGUCGGAUGCCUCCGAUGGAACUCCGUCAGGAGCGACGGGUCCAACACGUCUCUCCUCGGCACCCAGCACCGCUCCUCCGGACCGUACCCCUCCCACUCCACUAGAUACUGGAGACCCCCCAUCCGACGUCUCGAAUCCAAGAUGGAUCUCACGGAGUACGCCGGUGCCCCCUCGAUGUCCAACGGGGGCGGAGGAGUCUCCAAGAUCUCAUUUUCUUGGAGUGGGCCCGCUACCACCGGCCUGAGAAGGGACACAUGGAACGAGGGGUUAAUACACUUAUACUCCACAGGUAGCUGUAAUCUAUAACAUACCUCGUUCAACCUUCUCAGGACUUUAAAUGGCCCUACAAACCGCCGACCCAGUUUCCGACAGGGCAGGCGGAGGGGCAGGUUUCUGGUAGAGAGCCAGACUCGAUCACCAGGUGCGUACACCGGUGCCUCACUGCGGUGGAGAUCAGCGCUCGCCUUCUGACGUCGGAGGGCCCGCUGCAGGUGGACGUGUGCAGCGUUCCAAGUCUCCUCCGAGCGCCGCGCCCACUCAUCCACCGCAGGAGCUUCGAUCUGGCUCUGCUGCCAGGGUGCCAGAACCGGCUGGUAACCUAACACACAUUGAAAUGGAGUUAGGUUAGUGGAGGAAUGGCGUAGGGAAUUCUGGGCCAUCUCGGCCCAGGGAACGUACCUCGACCACUCCUCCGGCCGGUCCUGGCAGUAUGUUCUGAGAAACCUACCCACAUCCUGGUUUACGCGUUCCACCUGCCCAUUGCUCUCCGGGUGGUAACCCGAGGUGAGGCUCACCGAGACCCCCAACCGCUCCAUAAACGCUCUCCAGACUCUGGAGGUGAAUUGGGGACCCCGAUCAGCCACAAUGUCCUCGGGUACCCCGUAGUGCCGGAACACAUGGGUAAACAGUGCCUCGGCAGUUUGCAGGGCCGUAGGAAGACCCGGCAUGGGGAGCAAACGACAGGCCUUAGAGAACCGGUCCACAACGACCAGGAUGGUAGUAUUCCCUUGGGAGAGGGGAAGGUCUGUUAUAAAGUCCACUGAGAGGUGGGACCAUGGCCGUUGUGGAACGGGCAGGGGUAGCAACUUACCCCUAGGGAGAUGUCUAGGCGCCUUACACUGGGCGCACACCGAGCAGGAGGAAACAUAAACCCUCACAUCCCUAGCCAACGUGGGCCACCAGUACUUGGCACUAAGACAGUGCACUGUCCGGCCGAUACCCGGAUGUCCAGAGGAGGGUGACGUGUGAGCCCAAUAGAUCAAUCGAUCCCGAACCUCAAGCGGAACGUACUUCCGACCCUCCGGGCACUGGGGUGGACUAGGGUCGGUGCGUAACGCCCGCUCGAGUUCAGCAUCGACCUCCCACACUACCGGUGCCACCAGACACGACUCAGGCAGUAUGGGAGUGGGCUCCACGGACCUCUCCUCCGCGUCAUACCACCGAGACAGCGCAUCUGCCUUGCCAUUCUGUGACCCAGGGAUGUACGUGAUCUUAAAAGUAAACCUGGUCAAGAACAUACUCCAUCUUGCCUGGCGAGGGUUCAGCCUCCUCGCCGCCCGGAUGUACUCCAGGUUACGGUGGUCCGUCAAAAUGAGGAAAGGGUGUUGAGCCCCCUCAAGCCAGUGCCUCCACACCUUUAGAGCCUGUACCACGGCUAACAGCUCCCUGUCCCCUACGUCAUAGUUCCGCUCCGCCGGACUGAGCUUCUUAGAAUAAAAAGCACAGGGGCGGAGUUUAGGUGGCGCGCCAGAUCGUUGUGAAAGCACGGCUCCUAAACCGGCCUCCGACGUGUCCACCUCUACUUGGAACGGCAAAGAGGGAUCCGGAUGCGCCAGCACCGGGGCCGAGGUAAACAGGUCCUUCAGCCUCCCAAAUGCCCUGUCCGCCUCGGCCGACCACUGCAGACGCACCGGACCCCCCUUCAACAGAGACGUGAUGGGAGCUGCCACCUGUCCAAAACCCCGGAUAAACCUCCUGUAGUAAUUUGCAAACCCCAAAAACUGCUGCACCUCCUUCACAGUGGUUGGUGUUUGCCAAUUACGCACGGCCGACACCCGGUCUACCUCCAUCUUCACCCCUGACGCAGACAACUGAUAACCCAAAAAGGAGACCGACUCCUGGAAAAACAGACACUUCUCUGCCUUCACAUACAGGUCGUGCUCCACCAGCCUCCGCAACACCCUGCGCACCAGGGCCACAUGCUCGACACGGGUAGGUGAGUACACGAGAAUGUCAUCAAUGUACACCACCACCCCCUGCCCCUGCAUGUCCCUGAAGAUCUCAUCCACAAAAGAUUGGAAAACUGAUGGAGCGUUCAUCAACCCGUAUGGCAUGACCAGAUACUCGUAAUGGCCCGAGGUGGUACUAAAGGCUGUUUUCCAUUCAUCAUCCUCCCUGAUGCGCACCAAGUUGUACGCGCUCCUGAGAUCUAGUUUCGUGAAGAAACGCGCCCCAUGCAACGACUCAGUCAUGGUCGCAAUCAGCGGGAGUGGAUAACUAUACUUCACCGUAAUCUGAUUGAGACCACGGUAAUCGAUGCAUGGGCGCAAACCACCAUCCUUUUUCUUCACGAAAAAGAAACUUGAGGACGCGGGGGAAGUGGACGGCCGUAUGUAUCCUUGUCUCAGCGAUUCGUCUAUGUAAAUCUCCAUAGCUUUCUUCUCCUCCUGAGACAGAGGAUACACAUGGCUCCGUGGGAGCGCAGCUCCUGCCUGGAGGUUUAUCGCACAAUCCCCCUGCCUAUGGGGUGGCAACCGCGUCGCCCUCGCCUUACUAAACGCAAUAGCCAAAUCCCCAUACUCAGGUGGAACGUGCAAUGCGGGCACCUGGUUUGGACUCUCCACCGAGGUAGCCCUACGGAAACGCCCAAACAUCUACCCACACACUGAGCAGACCACUCCAUCAGAGCCCUCUCCUGCCACGAAAUCACUGGGUUAUGGGUACUCAACCAGGGCAUGCCCAGCACCACCGGAUACGCAGGAGAGUCAAUCAGGAACAGCUGAAUCAUCUCCUGAUGAUCCCCCUGCGCACACAUCCUAAGUGGCGCCGUGACCUCCCUGAUUAAGCCCGUACCCAACGGACGACUAUCUAGGGCGUGAACGGGAAAAGGAACAUCAACAGGAAUGAGGGGAAUCCCUAACGCUACACAAAACUUUUUAUCAAUAAAAUUCCCAGCCGCGCCUGAAUCUACCAGCGCCUUAUGCUGGGAAUGAGGUGCUACCUGUGGGAAACGUACAGGCAUACAAAAAUGGGCAACAGAGAGCUCUGGGUGAGUGGGGCACCUACUCACCUGGAGGGAAUCCCCAGUGCGGGACCUGUCGUCAUCUCCCCUAGGAGGCCAUCCCCAGCACCUAGCCGCGGUGUGUCCUCCCCGACCACAGUUGGUGCAGUGGAUGGACCCCCUAGCCUGCCGACUCCUCCUCUCUCUAGCGCCAGCGCCCCCGAGCUCCAUAGGACAAGGCUCGGAGGUGCUGGAGGGUGGAAUGGACAGACCCUCCGCAGGACGUCCGCGGGUAGCCAGCAGGGUAUCCAGCCUGAUGGACAUAUCCACCAGCUGGUCGAACGUGAGGCUGGUGUCCCUACACGCCAGCUCCCGACGGACGUCCUCUCGUAGGCUGCAUCGGUAUAGAUCGAUGAGGGCCCGAUCAUUCCACCCUGCAUCUGCCGCUAGAGUACGGAAUUCAAGCGCGAAUUCCUGGGCACUUCUCCUCCCCUGCCGGAGGAAGACCAGACGCUCCCCCGCCGCUUUCCCCUCCGGGGGAUGGUCAAACACCGCCCUGAAGCGGCGGGAGAACUCGGUGUACGUAAUCGUCGUGGCGUCGAUCUUCCUCCACUCCGCGUUGGCCCACUCCAACGCUUUUCCGGCCAGGCAGGAGAUCAGGGCGGACACGCUCUCGUGCCCUGAAGGUGCCGGGUGCACGGUGGCCAGGUAUAGCUCUACCUGGAGCAGGAAUCCCUGACACCCAGCCGCGGUCCCGUCGUAGGCCCUCGGGAGAGAUAGUCGGACUCCUCGAGGUUCCGGCGCUGGAAUGGGCGGGCUGGCCGAUGGUGCUGGCAGGGCGGGCGGCGGUGGAGGCGAACCCCAGCCUCGGAGUGUGGUAAUCACCUCCUGCAGGGCGUUCCCCAUCUGCAGGAGCUGCUCUUGCUGGUCCCGAACCUGGGCUUCCAGCCUCGUCUGGGCUGCUUCGGCUCCUGCUGAUUCCAUUGUAGGUGUAUGAUUCUGUCACGGGUGUUGCAAUGGUGUGGUGGGGAAUCAGGCGCAGAAGCAGAUGCACAGUCCAACAAGACUUUACUUGAUCAAAGUAAUCCAAACGGCGGCCUGAGGCCAAACAGAUGCACACAGGCGUCACACACGAGCGCACAAACACAGAGCGCAAUACUCUCCUCAACCGAGGAGGAAACAAAUAGAACUGGCGUACCGAAAACACAGGUUACGCACAAACACCUGACACGAAACAAUCAUACACAACACUAGACAAACACAACGAGAAACUUAUAGGACACUAAUUACGUAAAACAGAAACAGGUGUGGAAACAAACAGACAAAAGCAAACGAACAUGAAACAUCUAUCGGUGGCAGCUAGAAUUCCGGAGACGACGAACGCCGAAGCCUGCCCGAACAAGGGAGAGAGGCAGCCUCGGCCGAAACCGUGACACAAAGGCUCUCUGCCAGUCUGCAACUUUAAUGAUCAACAUCACAGCUGUCCAUUAAAACCAACACUUCUUAUCACUUACUCACACAGCAUGUGUACGUGUGUUUGUGUCUGUGGGUGUUUCUCAAAAUGCAUACUACUGUGCUCCGAGCACGCAAAUUGGAGCACGGGAGGGUCGGAGUAUGAAAAUGUAUGCACUCACUAACUGUAAGUCGCUCUGGAUAAGACCGUCUGCUAAAUGAUUAAAAUGUAAAAUGAGUAUGACUCCAAAUUGAAGUAUGCGAAACGGAGCACGGAGGGCACUUCUCUAAAUGCGUACAUAUCGAUGCAAGCUUCAACGGAAAGUAUGCAAAGAAAUAUGACGCAACCACGUACAAAAUUACGCAACAUUUCUUGAAAUCAAUGGCAGCCAUUAUUUGAGCUGAAGUUUACUCCAAUUAGGGGAGCGGUGGUAGGGUUAGGGGAACAUAAUAAAGGAAAAUAUAUAAUUUCCAAUCCCCCAUAUAUUUUUUGGGUAAUAUAAUAAUAUGCCAUUUAGCAGACGCUUUUAUCCAAAGUGACUUACAGUCAUGUGUGCAUACAUUUUUACGUAUGGGUAAAUCUAUAUAUACAGUGGGGAGAACAAGUAUAUACACUGCGAUUUUGCAGGUUUUGCUACUUACAAAGCAUGUAGAGGUCUGUAUUUUUUUAUCAUAGGUACACUUCAACUGUGAGAGACGGAAUCUAAAACAAAAUUCCAGAAAAUCACAUUGUAUGAUUUUUAAGUAAUUAAUUUGCAUUUUAUUGCAUGACAUAAGUAUUUGAUCACCUACCAACCAGUAAGAAUUCCGGCUCUCACAGACCUGUUAGUUUUUCUUUAAGUAGCCCUCCUGUUCUCCACUCAUUACCUGUAUUAACUGCACCUGUUUGAACUCGUUACCUGUAUAAAAGACACCUGUCCACACACUCAAUCAAACAGACUCCAACCUCUCCACAAUGGCCAAGACCAGAGAGCUGUGUAAGGACAUCAGGGAUAAAAUUGUAGACCUGCACAAGGCUGGGAUGUGCUACAGGACAAUAGGCAAGCAGCUUGGUGAGAAGGCAACAACUGUUGGCGCAAUUAUUAGAAAAUGGAAGAAGUUCAAGAUGACGGUCAAUCACCCUUGGUCUGGGGCUCCAUGCAAGAUCUCACCUCGUGGGGCAUCAAUGAUCAUGAGGAAGGUGAGCCCACUGUAUAUAGGUAUAUAUUUACCCAAAAAUAUAUGGCUUCUACUUCCAGCUUAUACAUGCUAUAAACAUUUUAAGGACACAAUGUAUUUUACAAUAGUUUAAUUUUUUUAUUUUUUUGUCCCAUCCUUCAGCGACCCUCAACCUCUCCCAUCUAUCUCUGAAGACCAUCCAAUUUUGAUUUCUAUUUGCCAUAUAUUUUUAACUGUACUUUUUCAAUAUUUCAAUAUUUUAUCUUGAUACGUUACUAAAUACAUGCUGUGUUAAUUUUGGCAUGUUUACCUGUAGGUCGCAAACCCAUAAUAAGGCAAUAGGUCUAACUGGCUAGCAACUAGUGCUGUUAGCUAGCCAGAUAGCCACAAAGAAUUGUUAGCUAGCUACCAAUGAAGAAUUGACAUCGAUCUUGCAUAAUAUUAGUUUUCGGUCAUUUUUGCCUGUUUAACUAGCUGGCUAUCUAAGUUAUUACGAUUCACAUAACUAGCUGAUAAUUAUGAAGUCAAACGUUUACUUUGUGUAUAUCUUGGAAGGAGGUUCAGUGAAUGGGGAGAUGCAACGUGAGGUAAUACAGUAGGAGGAGUGCGAGUGCUUCUCAAAUGUAUUGUUUUAUGCAUUCUCCACACUCUCGUCCUCACAAGAACGUACUCAAGAGAACAUGGUCGGAGAAUGCACUUUGAGCAUGAGAGUGUGGAGCACGGUAGUAUGCAUAUUGAGAAACCCCGCCUGUGUGUUUGUAUGCGUGCUUCUGCAUCCUGUGUGCUCCCGAGUGGCGCAGUGGUCUAAGGCUGUGCCACUAGAGAUCCUGGUUCGAAUCCAGGCUCUGUCGUAGCUGGCCGCGACCGGGAGACCCAUGGGGCGGCGCACAAUUGGCCCAGCGUCGUCCAGGGUAGGGGAGGGAAUGGCCGGCAGGGAUGUAGCUCAGUUGGUAGAGCAUGGCGUUUGCAACGCCAGGGUUGUGGGUUCAAUUCCCACGGGGGGCCACAUCUCGUAUGAAAACAUCUUGUAUGAAAAAAAUAUAAAAUAUAUAUAUAUAUAUAUAUAUAUAUAUAUAUAUAUAUAAUAAGUAUGCACUAACUGUAAGUCGCUCUGGAUAAGAGCGUCUGCUAAAUGACUGUAAUGUAAAUGUAGUGUGAUUUGGCGUCCUCUUUCUUAAUUUAAAUUUGAACUGAAAUCCCUCUCUCCCUCCCAGGGUAAUGUAGAGAUUGAGACAUAAUGGCUGAAGGGGAAGAGGGAUAAGAAUGGGAGCACCCAGGCUGCCUGUCCCCAGUUUGAGACCCAGACCACCAGCAAGGCAAUCAGUAAAGUCAAUAACUGUGCUCUAAGGAAAUAGUUGCCCCCAGGACAUCUGAUUAGCUGGCCUGAGGGCAGAUAUGAUUUAAUUUGAUUGAAAAUGGGAACAGUUAGGUUGUGAAGAAAUCAAAUGAAACAUGACAACUGCUCAUAGCAGAUAGUCAAUAUAAUAGUAUUUCCGCUCUCAGCCCAUAUAACAAAUCUUACAGUAUGAGCUUUGUGCCUGGACUGCUCAUGGCUCAACUUAACUGUUACCUCAAUGCCUUCCUAAACCUUGAGGAUCUUUAUUUUCAUAUCAUCAAUCUAUCCCUCUCUCCUUGCUCCAGGUGUUCCCGUCGUUGGCAAGAGAAGAUGAGGAUGAUGUGAAGUCCAUCCGUUCCCACCGUAUCAAGAUGGAGAUCUCAGGCCAUCACUCCCUGGUGGAGUCUCUGGAGGAAUGUUGUGCUGAGGAGAUGUCUCUGAGCAAGGUGAGAAGGAGGAGUCACUACUGCAUUGUCACCUAUGGAGUUCACUUUAGACUGAAGGAUGGAGUUCCUGUUUUACUCUGACACAUUAUCUCUCUGUUUAAUUCUUUUCUGCUCUCUCACUCCCCUCUCUCCUUCUGUCCUCUUUCCUCUUGCCCUUUCUUUCUCUCCCUCUCUCUUUUCUCCCUCUCCCCCCCUCUCUCCCAGUCUCACUAUAAGGCUCCUCUCCACCAUAACAACGCUGUACAGGACAGUUACAUUGAGCUGGACUCUCCGGAGUUUGACGUGCAUGACUCCAUCAUGGCAUCUCCAGACUGCUCAGAGAAGAGCACCAUGCGCUCCAUGUCCUGA